CGUGGGUCUCCGCGUCGUUACAUUCCUUUCAGUAGUUUACCUCAACCUGCUCGGAGACGCCUAAAAUGCGGUCUGCAGUGUCCACAUCUACCUUCAGACAGGCGGCUCGUCCUCGCCGUCUACCAACCCAGUGUUCACGCUUUGCCAGCUCAAACGCGGAGACAGCGCAGAAGAAAAGCCAAGACGCGCUCGGGUCCGCCCAAAAGACAGCGGAAAAGCUUUGGGAGAGCUCAAAAAAGUUCCUUGGUCCCCUCGGCGAGCGCGCUGGAAGCAUGCUUGGAUCAUACCGUCAGCCUGUGAUGUACAACUUGUCUAUUGCACGCGAAUUGUUGAAGCAGGUUUACGUGGCGGAGCGUUUGCAACCUCCCACCGACCUUGCAGUGGUGAGAAGCGCAUACUCGACAUUAUGGAGUCGUGCUAGCAGCCAGGCAUAUUGGCGAGGGAUACUCAGUUCCGGGGAGUGGGCCAAGGUUGCCAUAUACGCCGUGGAAGCAUACGGCAUCUUCAAGAUUGGAGAGAUUGUCGGACGGAGAAGCGUUGUCGGAUACAACCUU